AUGGCGGCGUUUAAAUCGCGCUCCUCGGGAGCAGCUUCAGCUGCGGCAUCCACAUCCGCCACACCGGCGCCAGCAUCGCUUGCCGAGACGCUGUCGUUCCACAAUGCACCACGCACCUUCAAGUCGGCCGAAUUCAGCGCGCGCAUGGCCAAGAUGUCGAGCAACCUCGCGCGGCGCAACAAGAGCCUCAAACAGAUGCUGCAGAGCGAGCGCGAAGCCGCCAUGCGUGCAGCCGGGGCCAAGUUCAAACAGCGCAAGAAGAAGGAUGUCCAAAACAAGAGAUUGGUCGGUGCUGCUCUGCAGGCGGUGGCUAGGAGAGAGGAGCGCGAAAGGGCGGCAAAGACCGAACCGGAAAGCGAACCAACACCCGAAGUAGAACAAGAGGAUACACACAAGGAGGAGGAAGAGGAGGAGGAGGAGAGCAAGAGGGAGGUGCCUACGUAUUCGUCCGUCGAGGCACCACCGAGUCUACGACCGGCGAAAAAGUACUGCGACGUCACAGGGUUGGUGGCACCGUACACGGAUCCCAAGUCGACACUCCGCUACCACUCGGUAGAGGUGUACGAGAUCAUCAAACAGUUCGGACCGGGCGUCGACAAUGCCUACCUCUCACUACGCGGCGACGCCUCGCAGAUCAAGUAA